CUCGGCUCUUCCCUCACAAACCCGAUUAGCAAAAAUCUCCCCGCCGCAAUGGGUUCAUCCGGCAACCGUAGCAAGAAGAAAUCGUCCAAGUCCGGCCGACGAUAUCCCGACGAUUCUGAAUCCCCUGCCACAGACUCCGAUUCAAUUUCUCAUUCCGACUCUGAUUCAUCUCCGCCGAGUAGCAGUCGCCACCGCCGAAGCAAAAGCCGAAGUCACAGCCGCAGAUCGAGAACUCAUGAAUAUUCCGAUGAAGAGAGCAGCGACGACGAGCGAAAGAAGAAGAAGAGGAAAAUCACUGAAGAAGAAAUCGCUUUAUAUAUGGCUAAGAAAGCACAGAAGAAGGCUAUGAAAGUAGCGAAGAAGUUGAAACAACAGACAGUUUCUGGUUAUUCAAAUGAUUCAAAUCCAUUCGGAGAUUCAAAUCUGAACGAGAAAUUCGUGUGGAGGAAGAAAAUCGAACGAGACGUCACACGUGGUGUGCCGCUGGAUACCUUCUCGAUGAAGGCAGAGAAGCAAAGGCAGAAAGAACGAAUGGCCGAAAUUGAAAAGGUUAAAAAAAGGAGAGAAGAACGAGCAAUGGAGAAAGCCCAACGCGAAGAGGAAUUACAGUUGUUAGCUAGAGAACGGGCCCGGGCCGAGUUUCAGGACUGGGAGAAGAAGGAAGAAGAGUUUCAUUUUGAUCAGAGUAAAGUUCGGACUGAAAUUCGCCUCCGUCAGGGUCGGGUUAAGCCCAUUGAUGUUCUUAUAAAGCAGUUAGAACCUUCUGGAGAUUUUGAUGUGGAAAUAGAUGAACCUUAUGUUGUGUUUAAAGGUUUAGGUAUAAAAGAAAUGGAAGAACUUGAGGAGGAUAUAAAAUUGCAUAUCGAUUUAGAUAGGGAAACGCCGAUGCAUAUACAGUAUUGGGAGGCACUUUUGGUGGUGUGUAAUUGGGAAUUAGCUGAAGCUAGGAAAAAGGAAGCUAUGGAUAAAGCGCGAGUGCGCGGAGAGGAAUUACCACCUGAAUUGCUUGCAGAAGAGAGGGGGUUGCAUUCGAGUAUCGAAGCAGAUGUUAAGUCUUUGUUACAAGGUAAAGGGUAUGGUGAGUUAGAGGCGAUGCAGUCACAGAUUGAGUCGCAAAUGCGAUCUGGUACUGCUAAGGUUGUAGAGUACUGGGAAACUGUUCUUAAGCGGCUUCAGAUUUUUAAGGCAAAGGCUUGUUUGAGGGAAAUUCACGCGAAAAUGCUGCGCAAACAUCUUGAGCAUCUUGAGAAACCAUUGGAGAGUCGCGAUGUAGAGGUGGAAGAAGAGACAUUGAGGACUAAUGAGGAAGAUAUGGAGCAUGAUCAAGACGAGGUUAGAGCUAUGUCUCCGGAGCCCUUCUUGAAUGAGGAGGCUAAGGAGAAGGAGAAGGAGAAGGAGAAGGAGAAGGAGGUGGAGGAAGAGGAAGAAGAUGAUGAUGAAGAGGCGGGUUCUUAUUCGCCUGUGUUAAUGCACGGUGAUGACAAGGAAGAAGCAGUUGAUCCUGAAGAAGACAGGGCAAUACUUGAGAGGAAACGUAUGGCUGUUUUGGAAGAGAGACGUGCACAAGAUAAGGUUUUGACACCAACUCCCGCAGAAGACAACAACUUUGAGAAGAAAGCAUUUAAAUCUAUGGGAGUGAUGGAGGAAGGGGAUGCAGUAUUUGGCUCAAACGACGAAAUUAAUCUUGAUUCACAGGUGUACUGGUGGCACGACAAGUAUAGGCCGAGGAAGCCGAAGUAUUUCAACCGUGUUCACACUGGUUAUGAAUGGAACAAGUAUAAUCAAACUCAUUAUGAUCACGAUAACCCCCCUCCUAAGAUUGUGCAGGGAUACAAAUUCAAUAUCUUUUAUCCUGAUCUCGUUGACAAAGCAAAAGCUCCAACUUAUGUCAUAGAGAAAGAUGGAGAUAGUGCCGAUACUUGCAUCAUAAAGUUCCACGCUGGCCCUCCUUAUGAGGAUAUAGCUUUUCGAAUUGUUAACAGGGAAUGGGAGUACUCUCAUAAAAAGGGGUUCAAGUGCAUAUUCGAUCGAGGAAUUCUGCAUCUGUAUUUUAACUUCAAGCGUCACAGAUACCGUCGUUGAUGGGCUUCAAGAAGUAAACAGUUUGUUGCAAGGUUCAGCUUUAUGAAUUUCUUGUUUUUGUACUUUUUAGGCCAGUUUAUAUGCGAUUUGAUUCAUGAAGAAUUUUGUAAACUGGCCAUAAUACGUGUAAUCCAAAGCUGAGGGCUCUUCUGAUUAACUUAUGCUAAUAGUAAGUGAAGUCACUGUUACCUGGCAACCUUAUAAGUAAGAUGCGCAUAAAUCUAACGGAGAACCUUCAUGGGAUAUCUGCAAAAUAGAGCAGCCUAUGGAGAUUCCAAAGCUUAACCACGGUCGAACAGGGUGAAAAUUCCAGACUAUCUACUCUCUCUAAAAAUCCCAGUUUUUAAGCUCUCUCAAUCCUUGUAUGGUUUGAUCUUGUUUAAGGAGGAGUAAAUCUGAAACGGCCUCUCUCUGAGCCCAGAUCAAUGCUUUGAAGUAGGGGAAAAGGAAAAACUAGUUGGGUGCAAGUUAAGAAGCUAUAGCGGUACAGCAAUAAUGAUAUGCCAUGGGAUCUCUUGUUUUGAACUAAUGUUGGUUCAUUGCUAUUCUAGAGGCUUGAAAGAGACAGAGAAGGCUGACAAAAGGAACAAGUCUUGACUAUUGUUUGUUCCAACCGAAAUGCUAACAAGCUACAGACAAGAUGAUAAACCAUUAAUAUUCACGUAAGUUAGUCUUUCUCUACGAGGAGUAUUAUAAGUUGCUUUUUACUAUUUGAUGUAUUCUGUACCCUUCUAGAACAUGAGAUUGCCUCUGGAUCUUGAAAUUAAGAGUCACUUAGUUGGAAAGGAAA